GGAACACUUUUUUCAUUUAUUUAUUAUUGAAUGCCAGUGUUUACUAAGCUUUAUAUCAAUUGCUUUCUCCUUCCAGCCAUCUUCUCCAUCAUUGGCAACGCAGCUGUUCUGGUAACAGCCGCUCGUCGAAACAGCGUUCUCAAAGCCCCCGAGCUCCUCACGGUUAAUCUGGCUGUGACUGACAUUGGCAUGGCUCUCAGUAUGUAUCCGCUCUCCAUCGCUUCAGCCUUCAACCAUGCAUGGAUUGGGGGUGACCCUUCCUGUCUUUACUAUGGCCUGAUGGGAAUGAUCUUUAGCGUGGCCAGCAUCAUGACUCUGACCGUCAUUGCGUUGGUGAGAUAUCUGGUAACGGGAAACCCGCCAAAGUCAGGCAACAGGUUUCAGAGAAGGACUAUAAGUCUUGUGAUAUCUGUUAUCUGGCUGUACUCACUGCUCUGGGCCGUGUUUCCUCUGCUGGGCUGGGGCGGAUACGGACCUGAACCCUACGGAUUGGCCUGCUCUGUGGACUGGACCGAAUACCAGCGCUCUUUAAACGGCGCUUCCUUCAUUAUGGCUUUAGCCGUUCUGUGCACCCUGAUCCCAUGUGGAUUCAUCGUGUUCUCCUACUUUGCUAUUGCCUGGAAGCUCCACAAGGCUUAUCAGUCAAUCCAAAUCAACGAGAGUCUGCCCAGCACAGGGACCGUUGAGAGGAAAGUUACAAUAAUGGGCAUCCUCAUCAGUGCCGGGUUUAUCGUCUCCUGGGCACCCUACGUGUCCAUCAGUUUAUGGACCAUGUUUCAUUCCGAGGGCAAAGACAGCGUAGCUCCAGUUGUCAGCUUGCUCCCCUGCCUCUUCGCAAAGUGCUCAACGGUGUACAACCCUUUUGUCUACUACAUUUUCCGCAGGUCCUUCCGCAGGGAGUUUCGACAGAUCUGGACAUGUUAUGGUUGCUGUUCCUCGAGUGCUGUGGACAGAUUGACCCUCUGCGGAGGACGCCGACACUCGGAUAAACCCGGUGACCUCCAGCAGCAAGAGAAAGCAGAAAAGUGAAAAGACGAGGUCAGAUGGUUCAUCUUUAAAAAUAGACUCGUGGUGAGGAGCUCCACUGAAUAAAUGAGAUGGAAAUGACUGCGUGAUUGUUUGACAUUUUCGAGAUCAUUAAGUCGGUAGCAUGAAGAGGUUAUUCAAGAUUUGUUUGUUCAUUAUUAUUUUAAAAUUUGAGUUUUACUUUAACAUGAUAAUAUACGAUGU